UCUAAAAGACUGGCUUUUUAUCUGGAUUCUUGUUGGUUCUCAAUGGUUCUCGCCCGGAACGCGAAUCCGGCAACAGCCUCGUUUUGGGAGCAGCGUGGUGACUGAAAUACGCGGCGUCGGAGCGCAUGCUUUUACUUUGAAAGCCGCAUUCUUCUCGCCACCUCCCCAACUUCGUCCGGCUUUACGCGCCUCCAUCCCUACAAGAAGUACUAAGUCUCAUCGGAAGGGGGUUGCUCUCCUUUAGAGAGGAGGAGGAUUCAUCUGGGCCGCACACUUCUCUUCAUGUCAGGCUGCAGCCGGGGCCUCAAGGAAAAACCCCGGAUCCCGUCAGAAGGGUGGCAUUUUUUGGCACUCAAGGUCGAGGAGGGGGGAGCGACAAGGACACAACGGGAUGCUUCAGAAACCUCGGGCUUGAUGAGGGGGGGGCACGUCUGAGUCCUCACAAUAACCGUGGCUGAGAUGAUGGUGGUGAUGCACGUCCAGCAGCGCGCCGGAUCCCCACAAACCCCCGCACACUGCGCCACAGCCCCGCAGCUGAGCGUGAGCCACCGCGCGGACACACUCAUCUGCCUCUCCUUUAAACCAGAGCCCGUCUCAUUCAAAGCCGGACUUCCAGACCGACGCGGGUGACCGCGCAGCUUGUCCACCGGCUUCACGCUCCUGUCGGGAUGGUGCGCGGGGAGCAGCGCUGAUUUUCAAAAGGUUUCUGACGCGCCGCUCUUCCCGCCGCCGCCGCUCCUGCUGCUGCUGCCGCUGCUUUGACCCAAGACGGAGGGGGAAGAUGUUGGUGCGAUGCUGCCGGGUUAAGCUGUCGGUGUGGGCCGCUCUGUGCGUGCUGGUGCUCGGCUGGUUCUACGUUUUCCCUGCGUACAGACUUCCCAGCGACAAAGAGAUCGUGGAGGAGGUGCUGAGACUGGGAGACGCGUGGAAGAAGAACCAGACGGGUAUCGAUCUGUACAGGAAUCUGCUGACAGAAUGUUGCAAUCCGAGGUGGAUGUUUGCAGUGACGAAGGAGAACGCUCCCAUUGGCAAGGUCCUGUGGUACGAUGGAGAGUAUUACUACUCGCACACUGUCAACAACAAGACGUAUUCGGUUUUUGUGCAGACUGCUCCUCUGAAGCCCCUGAAGAAGUGUGCUGUGGUGGGCAACGGCGGUAUCCUUAGGCACAGCAAGUGCGGACAGGACAUUGACCAGGCUGACUUCAUCCUGCGGUGCAACCUUCCACCACUUACGAAGGAAUAUUUGGAGGAUGUGGGAAACAAAACCCAUCUGGUCACCGCCAACCCAAGCAUCAUUGAGAAAAGAUUCCAAGGUCUUCUCUGGUCCAGAAAAGCUUUCUUGGACUAUUCGAAGGCAUACGGCUCCAGCUUCAUCUACAUGCCAGCGUUCUCCAUGAGGCCCGGCACCGACCCGUCGCUCCGGGCGUACUAUGCCAUCACGGACUCCCCCUCCAACCUCACCAUGCUCUUCGCCAACCCCGACUUCCUGCGCAACGUAGGCAAAUUCUGGAAAGCGCGCGGCGUUCAUGCCAAGCGUCUCUCCACGGGCCUCUUCCUGGUCAGCCUGGCCCUGGGGAUGUGCGACGAGGUGACAGUUUACGGCUUUUGGCCAUUCUCCAUCGGGCUGGACGGGCAGCCCAUCAGCCACCAUUACUAUGACAACAUCCUGCCCGGUAAGUGGUUCCACGCCAUGCCGGAGGAGUUCGUCCAGCUGUGGCACCUCCACAAAAGCGGCACGCUGCGAAUUAAGGUGGGAAGCUGUCAGCCUCAGAAUGAUGGGAGUUAGAGCAGAUUCACUAUGUUAUGGUGAGCAGGAGGAGAGGGUUGGAUUGCAAAAUAUCAGACACUUGUGAGAAUAAAGGGCCAUAUAGCAACUAAAUGUGCUUUCUUUACCUGGUUUUCUCCAAUUUUAUUCCUAUUCAUGAUAAAAAUGUCUACUCCCUGACACACACGACGUUUCCAUACAGUCCCAAAACUUGUCAUGCACCUGCCCUCAUCUGUGGAACAGUGUGUGUGCAUGUUUGUGUGUUUCCACGGGAAACCUCAACUGCGAAAGAGAAAAGGGGGAUGGAUUUUCCUCUUGACUGACACAGCUGGACCAACCCCCAUCUGAGUUUCUGAUGUAAGGAGACAGAGGGACCGAAGGGCCAAAGGGAAUAAUAGCACGCACUGAAAAGGCUGCUGAAACACAACAAACAUUGGAGCGAUAAUGGCGUUGCGGUUGCUAGUGGCUUGAAAAGAAGUGGAAUUUAAUUGAGCAAGGGGUAAAAAAAGGUUGUUAUUUUUUCAGGGUGUAAUCUCAGUGUUUUUCUCAAACUGAUUGAUUCCAAAACGAGCCGUUUUACAAUGUCAGAACUGACUCCCUUAGAGUGUUAAGCCAUGUUGCAUUUUAAACCUUCAAUCUAAAAGGGAAAACCUGCUGUUGUGUAUCAUGUCUUUGUUUGCCAAACGUGAUGUUUUUAUUAUCAUUGUUAUUAUUAUUAUUACUUUUCUUUAGGUUUUAAUGUGAAUUGUGUUUGUCGUACAUCAAGGGGGUGGGGGCGAUACUUUCCUGCCAAAACACAUGGGUACCUCAGCUUUCACUCGGUGAUUUAACGGUGAUUACCGUUUUUUAGUGCAACUCAGCAAAAGCAGGCUCCUUAGUUUAAUCUAAUCCACUUCUGUAGAGAGCCUUCCUGGAAGUCGGCCCCAUGGUAGCAGGACUGUACUUGUCAAGUGCCAAACCAAGGGAACAGUGGACUCUUUCAUACUCUCCCGCCCAGUCCUUGUGCUGCUAGUGCUCUGAAAUGAGGAGACACUGAUAUAAAGAAGGCACCGACGAAUGAAGAGGACUCAAUGGCACAAAGUGGGCUUUCAGUCAGUGUUGCUUUUUUUCAUUCGACGUAGGAAACCUUGUUGAAUAAAUAGUGAAUCUUUCGCACUUGGUUAUUGAUAUUGUGGUUUCAUUUUGCCUUCAAAAUCAAAUCAAACCGACAUAUUUUUUGUAUACACGCAAAACCUGCGUUAUUUAUUUAUUUGACGGUGUCUUUUUUUUGUUGUUUUGUUCUAUUUCGGGGUUUUUUUUUUCUUAAAAAUGUACUCUUGUAUAUGCUUUUGUGCCAUACCGGUGAUGGCGCAACGAUUGAGAACUCUGCAUUCCCCAUGCAGGAUAUGGUUCACAUCCUGCAUGGGGAAUACAGGAUGUAAACCAUAGUCCACGUUUGGAGGUACCAAACAUCUUCGUAAGUUUAGUGCUUUAUGUUCUUAUGUGCUCCAUCUGUAAAGCUGAAUAAGGUCCAGUGCCUUUUAGAUGAAUAAGAGGAGAAUUCCCUGAGACCUUCUCACUAAUGUGACUGACGCGAUCCAGUUGGUGAUGCUCACUUUUUCAGUUUUCAGUGUUGUCGUGAAAAUCGGUUAUCAUAAGAUGUUUGUGGCUUUGUAAAGAGAAAUCAAUGACUUUAACAAACAUGCCGCUCUCUACAUUACGGGGAGUUGAUCGUCAUAUUUGAAAUGUUUUCUUUUUCAUGCUCAUUUGUGUCCAAACUAAAAGUUGCCAAAAAGUGAUAUUGCUAAUCCUGGAGUUUGAGACAUUGGAAAAUGGCCGCCCAGAAAGAGAACUAAAUUAUAAAACUCAAAGGCAAAUUUAUUGGCAGCAUAUUUUUGGUCAGUGUUUCCAUGGACAAAAGGAAAGUCAGGAGAAAUGUUGUCUAAGAAUUAGCUUGGAGAACCAACUCACUGGCACCCUAGCUCAGGAUUUAAAAGCGCUCUGUGGCAAACUCAUUCAACCAGUAAGUUGCCACAAUGGCAAAUAACUGCUGAUGAGAAAAAAAGUGCUAUUUUUUAUAACUCAAAAUCUGCAAUCAUUCAGGUAGAUUUAAAUUCCUCCCUGCUUCUGGCUAGCGUUUUUCACAACAGAGAAAUUCUUUCUGUAAGCAAAAUUCUGCUGUGAUUGUGUAAAACAGGAUAUAGCUGUAAUACUAAUAAGUCACAUUAUUUCUUUCUUUUUCUUUUUCUUUUUCUUUUUGGUGUUUUUUAGCCUUUAAAAUAUAGACGUUUUUGACACCAAAAAUUAUAUUUACCCUGAAAAAAUUUCCUUGCAGAGUACCAUCAGAGUGCAUCAUGUGGUUUUCCUUUUAUGUAUUUAUCUUUUUUCUUUUUUUUUUUUGUUUUAGUGAAUGUUCCUCUGACUAAUUGCACUGAUAGAUUUACGUUCUGUUUUCUGUACUGCCUUGCUUGUCAGCCUGAAAUGCCAAGUUAGCAUGACCAAUGAUCUCAGACUCACAAUAAUGAGAAGAAAAGUGGACUUCUUUUUUUAAUGAAAGACUAUUUCUUUAAAAAGGACAGUGUGUAACUAAUGUCGAGCAUGUGUGUUUGACUUUCUUUUGUUUGAGGUUGCAAGCCUCAUUUGCUAUGUAAAUUUAACUUUAAUGUGAAUUAUUCCAAAACAAAGAAGCAAACUGAAAAAUCCUGCAGUUUUUACUGCAGCCCAUUCAACUUCUAUGAUUGUUUGACUGUUGUUUUGUUUUUUUUUUAAUCUGCAUCUUUAUUUGUUGUCUUCUGCCCAGUAUUGUGAACGAAUGAUCUGUGACAGUUUAAUUGUAAGUACUAAGCAUGAUGACUUUUUAAUGGCUAGGCGCUUUUCGGCCAUCAAUUUUCAUCCUUUCUUUUUUUCUUUCUUCACUCCAAGCUGUCGGUAAAAGUCAGCCAGAACAAGUGAACACACCUGCCUGCCUGCUUCAUCUUUUUGUGGAAACGUGAAGUGGAAAAAAUGUGACGUAAAUUUUGGUCUUGUGAAAAAAGGGCAAAUCAGUUUUAGGUCUGACAAUUAGUUGAGCUUCAGUCGAAAUAAAUCACAGGUAUGCUUCUCUCGCUACACCGUGAGCUUUGCAAUUCACAUAGCAAAAUCUGUGAUUUUUGAAUUAUUUGAAACGGUGAUCAAACUAGAUGGUUUGGGGGGGUUUUAUUUCAUUUUGAUGUGCUAAAAAACCCGUAUGAACAACACAUGUUCAACUAUUUAAAGAAACAGUGGCAGUACAUUAUUACUGGAAUUUAGUUGCUGCGUGCCGAGUUGUGAAGAAAUGCUUAAAAACGGCUCAUUUUGGCAAAUAUUUGAAGCUUUAGAGAUGAUUUAUUUAUUAGUUGCUGUGCUGGCUGACUGUUAAAUAAUAACACGGCUGUUGCGAACAACCAUCUCACAUUAGCAUACAGUUCUUUUUAGAACUAAUGCAAUUUUACAGAGAAGUUUUUGGACGUUUUCAUAUGUAGCUAGUUGGCAAGUCUUGGAUUAAGUAUUUCUUGUUUUAACUGCAUUCCAGUGCAUCACCAGCAGGUGGGGUUUUCCGACGGCAAAAUUGCCUGUUUUUACUGUAAAGUGUGUAAUAUAAUCUUACUGCUUAAUUGUUCUGCUACCUAGAGGCUUUCCUUAAGACUUUGUGUAUUCAGUCUCGAGAUUUGCAUUGUUUGAAGCAAAUCAAGGCGUUUCAGCUGAGUCUGAUAACAUUGAAUACAGUGUACGACGACGGGGAUGUUUUAGGCAAGGAUUCUAAAUUGUAAUGUUCUUUAUCGGUCUCAAAGGAAUAUUUAAUCUCACUGUUACUGACUGACGCUGAUCAAGGAUGCUGACUUCUUGAAAAUUAGACAUUGCGCCUGGCUGAUGUGAAUGUCCCCACAAGUGAGGGGGUUUUUUUGGGGGUGGAGGGUUUGUUUUACGUAAGAAUAUUUUUCACAAGUCAUCUAACCUGCUUACUUACAUUAAAAGACAUUUUAGUAACACCAGCCUGUUGCCUACUGCAGUUCCUCCCUGUCACUCGACAGAUUAAUGUGUGCACAGAGGACGGAUGAACAGAAUUACAUUCACACAAGACAAAAUACUCAUACCUGCAUACAUUAGUUUGAUGCAGUGGCUUUAAACAAAAACCCCACACAAGAGAUUUGUAAUAUUAUGACAAGAAAAAAAAUAUUUUUUUAUGAGAUGAUUAGACAGUAAUACAAAUUUAGUUUAGUCUGUUUAGAUAUUGUCACAGGAGUUUGGGAGAAGAAAACAUUAAAGCAAACAUCACAGUACAAGUUUCAAUUUUAGGGUCGCAAACUACGUACAUCAACUUGUAUUGACGCCGUUAUGUUGAGGCUGAUUGAGACAUCACUAGCCAAACAUCAUUAUCGCGCUAUCCCUAUAGCUUUUUUUUCUUCUUAGAAUCAUUUUUAUUUCCAGUUUUUCAAUUUUGUCCAUUUCUUAACAAGAUGUAGACUGGCAAAUUGUUCACCAUGUGGCUUAAUAAUGGCUUACUCUUUCAAUAAAUUGUAAAAUCAGGUUUAUUGUAAUUUAGCAUACAUAACCUUACAAUUUUAGUUUCUGUGCUAUGAUAAAUUGUGUUGAAACAAAUUUGUCUGAUCAUGUCAGAUGCAGUAAAGCCCAAGUGCGAUGAGUCGUUUUGUGGGAUUCAGCUUCCACUCAUGACAUCUCAAUGACAUUUUUUUUAAUUAUUUCACAUGUAAAUGCUCUUUUUUUCUUCUUCUUUGUCUUCACCUACAAUGAAGUAAAAUGAGGAAGGAGAUCCACUUUUCAAAGAUUUUUUUUUCCCCUUCAUACCACUUUGACUUUCACCUAUUUUGUCAGCAACUCAGCUUGAGCAUGUAAAAACAAAACUACAGGUUUUGUUUGAGCUUGACUGUUUACUGCCCAAAAAAUUUAAUAAUAAAUAAUCAACCAUAGCCAUGUAAAACUUCAACACCAGAAUAAAAUAAAAAGAAAAAAAAUCUACCAAAAAAAAUAUUUGUUUUCUUUUUUUUUGUUUAAACAUUUUUAUUAGUUUUGUGUUUCACAAACAUAGGAAAUAUAACAUUGUACACUGUGUUGUCUAUCAUAUUACAUAAGUAUAUGAUAAGGAAGAGAAACAAAAACACCUCCCCCCUCCCCCCCAAAAAAAUUAAAUAAAUAAAUAAAAUAAAAAUAAAAAAAUAAAACAAAAUAAGAAUAAAAUAAAAUACAAAAAUUUAAAAAAAAAGAGGCCGCUGUACAAUGUCACAUUCACAUUGAAUCAUGCCUACAGUGGUCAGCAAACAUUCGCAGACAUAUUUAAACCCUGACAACCACACAAUUAUGUCUAGCCGGACAAUCAAAGAAAGAAGAGAAAAGAUACAUAAGACAAGCGGAUGGUGCUCUUUAGAUAGGUGCUGGUGAGACCUUCCACUUUAUGGGAUUCUGACCUCUCAUCACAAGUUGCAUCAGCUCUUUAGGUAAAUAGUUAAGCACAGGAGACCACAUAUCAAUGAAAUAUUUCUCAUUACCCCUAAUAACUGCACUAAUCCUUUCAUGGGGGAGAACCCUAAAUAUUUUCUAUACCACUGUGUGACAGUUGGUGGUUUAUCCUUAAUCCAAUUGAUUAAAAUGCAUUUUCUAGCCAGAAGCAAUAAUUUGUCACAAAGUUUGAAGUGUGAUUGUGCCAGAGUGACUGAUUUUGAGGGGAGGCCAAGAAGGAACAGACCUGGGUCACAGCUGAUCUUUACAUGAAACACAUCACUCAGCUCUUUAGAGAUUGCACUCCAGAAUCGUUUAAUUAAUUUGCAUUGCCAGAAAUAAUGAUAAUAUGUUCCAACUUCCCUUCCACAUUUAUUGCAUAAGGGAGAGAGUUGGCGAUCCAUCUUAUUCAGUAUAAAGGGUGUUAUAUGUAGACGAUGUAGUAUUUUAUACUGUGUCUCUCUGAGCGUAUUACAUAUAAAGGUUGAAUUGACCACAUCAAUGGCUUCUUGCCAGUCAUCCUCAAUGUUCUGUGUCAAGGUCUCCCUCCCAUUUCCGCGCAAUGUCCCUGGCACCGCCUGGGGUGAGAGAGCAGAGCACCGCAUAGAAAGCAGAGAUAAAAUGCUUAGGAUUUUUCCGGUCGACAAGGAAUUUUAUUUUGUUAUUGCUUUCCCCUGAGAGCUCCCCUCAUCCUUAAGGAGAAAUGUCAAACUGAAACACAUCUACUGUAGAGGAGGAUUUGCUUUAUCUUGCGCAGUAACUCAGCCAAACACACUGUUCUGCUUCUGAGGACUGUAAGCGUUCAUGGAAAUCCACUCUGCUUUCCGCAGCCCUGUCUGCACGCUUGGCUUUUAUGGGACAUGAAUCUUUUUAAAGAUGUCGGCAGAAGCUGGACAGCUUUAUCUCAGGCCUCUUCUGCUCAGAGCUUAACCUCUUCAGUUAUGAAAAAACGUCCACGACUGUCUUAUCCGUGGUACUGAGAUUAUAGAUUAACAACAUAAGGAAAAUUAACUCAUUUUAUCUUUUGUACGGCUUAAUUACUUUGGUUUGCGUGAAGUACAAAAGUUCAUAUGGUAAAAGUCAUCCUUUAUGUCAUGUUACAUAUUACAAUCCUGUAGAAUGUCAAUUUCCAUUGUAAAGUCACCAAAACAGCUUUUUACACACCUCUGUUGCUAAAAAAAACAACAACAGAUUCAGCAGAUCCAGAUUCAAGCUUGUCUGAUUUUCUAAAUACUUUUCUCUAUUCCGAAUACAUAGCCUUGUAUUUGAACUGGCAACUUAUUUUAAUUUGAGAGCACACUCUGGCACUUGUAUGAAAGACUGCACUCAGUGAGUUUUGGACAUGUGGAGAUUCGUGCCCUGUCAGGAAACUCCUGAAAGACGUCAUUUUUGGAUGGUCAGAUCACAUCCCCCGGAGUCAGCAAUAGAAGCCUGAGCACUGUCCAUAAUGGAGGUGCUUUGCGGAUUCAAAUUAAAAUGAUGACACAUUUAAACACAGAUUACAGUUUAGGAUUUUCCAUUUUAUGAUUAAUUAAAGGCGGCUCCAAGCCGAUGGGGUUUUGGCGUCGAUUAAAAAGAACUCAGUGUUUUCAGAGUUUUUGCAGUUUUCUGUAAGCUCCUUGUGCCAAAGUUGGCGUAACAACAGAUCUGUAAUGCACUCAUAUAGUCAAUCAAAAACUGUUUAUCAAAGUCUCCUUUCUGCCAAAGAUGCAUGAAUGCAUCAAGUUCAGAGUGUGCUUGUGUUGGCUGUUUAACCCCUUAACUGUCAUGACGACGCCAGUGCCUUCAUGCACCCACUGACUUACAUGUAAGUGUUUUUGAGGGUGACAGUUAACAGGGUUUUAUGUGCCGAGUCAUAUUGGUUUUUUUUGUUUUGUUUACGUUUGCUCCACGUCGAAGUCUAUCGACGUGGAUGUCGAAAUCAGUAAUUAAACAGUCCUAAUCAACAUACAUUACAGAUAGGAGAUUACUCCUGAGGGGAAAAUGCUGUAACAUUCCACUGCAGUAACAGGAACAUGAUAAUAGAAGGUCAACGCUCGAGUCAGCCUUCAAACCUGGCAUCUAUAUUUUAUCAGGUUCAACCUUCAACUGAAGAAAUAUCAGCAUAUCAGUCGCUGCUUUAUUAAACAUUAACAUUACAUUGCUUUAUUAAACAUUAGCUCUGUCAGGUCGUUUCUAAUUGAGUUCUUUGUCCCUUCCUGGAAAAAUCAGACUCUUAAAUAUUUGGGAAUCAAAGUCAAAACCCAUUGAGGGAGAUUUCAACGUCCAUACUGACUACGCACAAGACAGAUGGGUGUGGAAACAAAACGAAAUGAUACUCUCCAAAACUUGUUUUACUCCACAUGAUGAACAGCCAACAUACAGACAGAGACACACCUUAGAAAAUGAUUGUCAGCGAAUCUCUAAAUAUAGCCAAGGUCUCUGAAAUUGACGUCAAGCUGGCUGCUGUUCCGGAUACCAUUUACCAUGAUGCUAUUUACCAUGGCUGACACAUUCUGGAGCAACGCAGUUCAAAGUGAUCUGCAUAAUAACAGAAUUAAACAAAUGACAACCAGUAAAUUGCAGUAGCAGAAGAUAAAUAAGUAACAAACAGUUCUAAUCCAGAUUAGAAAUAAUCAAGGCUUUUAGUCUUUACUGAAAUGAAAUCAGUUUUACAAUUUGAUGGAAGUAUUAGAUUAGAAAAUUCUGGGAAAAUAGAUAAGUCUAUUCUAAUUGAUGUCUGGCUUCUUCUGGUGCACAAUUAUAAUGUAUAUCCCACGUUAAUGACACAAAAUCCUUUGUCUUUUACAUAUAAUUACAUUUUUUGCUAAGAAAAUUGUAACUCGGAGCCAGUGACUGAAAUAUCACAGGUGUCUCCCUGUUUUCAUUCAACCAGGUUUCUUUUAAAAACCUAACAUGAAUAUUAUGCUCAGUGAUGAAGAUUUAUUACACAAUCAUUUUGUGUAAUAAAUCUUCAUCAUUGAGCAUAACUGACCAAUUUAAGUGACUUAGCGGUCGAUAAGCUUUCCAUUAGAGGUUUUAUUAGAUAGGAGGUAAAUCUGACAUUUGAUUUCAGACAGCUGCAUUGUUUGUUUUUGUUUUGUUGUUUUGUUUUUCACCGGUUAUGAUAUUUUUGUGUUCAAAGACUCAUUUGGGCUGGUGUAUUUACAGAGCAGAAUGGCUGUACAGUAAACUUCUGAUCACAAUAAAGCUGAACUAUGUGAA